AUGUCUAUGCCAAUGUAUCAACAAGACCAACCUCCUCCAGUGAGUGUGACAAAGCAAUCACCACACGAGUCCGUUGGUCCUGUAGUUGGGGUUCUGGUGGUGGUAAUAGUGUUGGGCAUAAUUGCUGUUAUGAUUGGAAGGCUUUGUUCGGGAAGAAGAAUCAUGGGGCAUGGUCAAUUAGAUGUAGAAAGCUGGGCAGAGAGAAAAUGUUCUUCUUGCAUUGAUGGCAAAAUUAACCUCUCGCAACCCACCAGACCCAUUGAGUCAAGCACCUUUGUUCCCGCGACACCCAUCCACACUUGUCAAGAAACCAAGCAACCAGAACAAUCUUCUCAGACAUCACCAUCACCUAACCUUUGA